AUCGAUCUGUCUUUCCUCCAGAUCGGAGGGAAUCGUGACGUGUAACGGAUGCCCGCCUCGGAGUUUGUUGGAGUCCUCGCAUUAAACAAGUGGCUUUCGUCAUGGCGACCGGCUGCCUCCCGACUCCGCUGCGUGACCCCUCCUGUGGAGGGCCUAAUUGCUGAAGGAGGGGCUGCCAUAAGCUUCCGGGCCAAGAUAAAGAUCGUCCAAACCAUGUAGUUUCCCUUUCUCUGAGGAGGGGGGAGGGUCUUCGUUUUUUAGCCUGAUUUCUCCUUUUUUUUUUUUUUUUUUUUGCCCCGGUCAUUUCGGUUCAUUAAAUCUGCAGAACGAGAUCUGCGCUCGCCUGCUUGAAGAGUUUAUGUGGGCGCGGGCUGAGACUGGGAGGUGAGGAGAAAGAGACAGAGCGGAAGAGAGACGGAGAGAAAGAGAGAAAGAGAUGGUCCUCCACACCAGCCCUUACUCCAGUGCCUGUCUGCACUUCCUGGAUGGCCUGUCGUGGAGCCUGGUGUUUCCCUGCUACUGGCUCCUGGACCGGCUGCUGGCCUCCUGCGUGGCCACCUCCCUGGAGAAGCGCCAGCGCUCCCAGGACCCCUGCUCCUUCCUCACCCUGUGCGUCCUGAUUGCCGCCCCCCUCUACCUGCUCCUCCUCCUGGCCUCGCUUCCCUUCGCCCUGCUGGGCUUCCUGCUCUGGGCUCCCCUUCAGGCUGUCCGUCAGCCGUACCUGUACACCUACCGCAGAGCGGACAAACACCAGGCGGAGCAGGGCCAGGGCGGCUCUGGGAUCGGGGAGUGGAGGCCGCAGGGCAGGAGCUUCUGCUUCUGCAGCGCCAACGUCUGCCUCCUGCCCGACUCGCUGGCCCGCUUCAACAACCUGUCCGACACCCACCGCAGAGCCCGCGAGGUGGGGAAGCGCAUCCGCAACGGGGCCAGCCGGCCUCAGAUCAAGAUCUACAUCGACUCCCCCACCAACACCUCCAUCAGCGCCACCUCCUUCAGCAGCCUGGCCACGGGCUUCCGCCGCACCUCCUCUCUGGACCAGCGUCCAGACCAGACCCACACCACCAACGGCCCGGCCGAGAACGACAUCGAGCCCCUCGCCGAGUGCCCCGUCCACCCCCCAGUAGGCCACGAGUGCCCCGUCCACCCGCCGGGGGGCCACGACUGCCCCGCGCACCCCCCCGCGGCCGAGCAGGGCUCCGCCGAAUGCCCCGUCCAGCCGGAGGGGGCGGAGCCGGCGGCUGACUGCCCCCUGCACGCUGCCGGCAGCCCCCCCGACUGCCCCGUGCACGCCCCGGACGAGGCGGCGGACUGCCCCGCGCACCCCCCCGCCGGGAACCACGACUGCCCCCUGCACGGGGAGGGGGCAGCGCCCACGGCCGACUGCCCCCUGCACGCCUCCGGGGUGCAGAUCAGCAUCAGCGCCCCGGAGCCCGACCCCCACGCCGAGGAGGCCGGGAACCACCGGGAGGCGGCGGGGGGGGACGCCGGCAGCAUGACGGCCUCCCGGGAGUCCCUGGCCCGCUACCACGGGGGCGACGGGGGCGUGGGGAUAUCCUCCAACAACACCCUCUCCCACGUGCCGCGCACCUCCGUCUUCAAGCGGCCGGGACGCAAGCGCCGCCACGGCGACGAGGCCUUCGACCACGAGGUCUGCGCCUUCUUCCCGGCCAACCUGGACUUCCUGGCCCUGCAGGAGGUGUUCGACCACGGCGCCACGGGCCGGCUGCGGCGGCAGCUGCACCGCUACUUCCCCUACGUGCUGAGCGACGUGGGCCGCUACGGCUGGAAGGGCCUCUGCUCCCGGUUCAAGUUCCUGAACAGCGGCCUGAUGCUGGCCAGCCGCUACCCCAUCCUGGACGCGCGCUACGAGUGCUACCCCAACGGCAGGGGGGAGGACGCGCUGGCGGCCAAGGGGGCGCUGUUCGCUAAGGACGGUAGCAUGCCUCCUCGUGUACCACUCCCAAAGCCUCAAUUAGACCCUGCCACCAGCGUGUGGAGGCAGUCGGCGCCGCAAAGCCGCACGCUGUGCCUGUCUGGAUCCGAUCCCGUCCCCGCUGGGUCGGGUCAGCGAGGUACGCGACCCGAUGCUGCCGCCCCGACGAGCGUGGCGGCCUUUCCCGCACGAUCUGACGGAGACACACACUCCAUCACAGCUCGCACGUCCCCGUUUCACCACCUCCUCGUACGGGAGGUCACUCCAGGCCUCGCCGACAAGCUGGUUGCGAGCCAGCUGGCAGGCGCCUACGUCUUGGCCGCUUUCCAGGGCCCGACCCCUCACCUCCGCCCCGCCACCCGCCGCCCGCUCAGCCGGCCGACACGCGUCUGA